UACAGAAGAAUGGCUGCCAUCUUUAGUUUUCGAUGGAUGUUUUCCGAAGAGUUCGUGAAUUCUUAUAUUUAUUGCGGUAUUUAAUAACGUAAUUAAAUCUAAAAUAGUGAGAUAACGUUCAGCGCGAUGUAACGAGUGCUUAAUGCUCAUCAAUUUAAGCUGCCCUAGUGUCAAUUCCGUUAAAAAAUGCCUGUGUUUACAUCCAAGUUUGAAGUGAGCUUCUGUAUUCCUGUCAUAUUAAGUUUCAUAACCGAGAUCCUCAAAUAGCUCAACGAAGAAGGGAAACACCAGAUAUUAAAACUGUAGUGUAAAAAGUUAUCGUUGAAAUAAAUUUCGUCAAAUUUCAAUUUGGCGAAACAUCAAAGCCUCCAAGACGUCGACCCCAUCAGUGAUCAAGUUAACCGGGGGUGGAACAGGUGGGGGUGGGGAACAGGUGUCCCCUGGUCCCGAGCUACCUCCCCCUGUCACCCCUGCAGAGCUAAAUGAUCCAAUGGAUAAUAAGAAAACCGGAUCGGAGGCGGUUAACACGUUUGUACCAAAUGCAACAGACGCCACUAUGAGUUUAGUUCUUCAAUUAGGUACUGUUGAAAAAACACCUGAAGAAGUUAGCAAUAACAACACUUCCGUACUACCUCAAGAAUUGACUGCCUCGAUACCAACGAUCAGUGGGGUAAUUGGUAAACCUUUGGUUGCAGCUGGUAACUGCAACAACAAAACCCAGAACUUGCAACAAAAUUUAAAAACUGUUAACAUCACGACGGUAGCAGCUGGCUCUGCAUUACCGCCUACUGUGAAACCUGUAACUGUUACUUACCCGGUAAACAGGACUGUCAGAGAUGCCCAGAGAAUCGGAGGUACGCAGACCAACACUACACAAGUCUUAACUACUCGGGUUAUUUCACAGAAACUACCACAAUCCACUUACCAAAUACAUCCGACUUCUUUACCAUUGAAUUCUGCUGCACACGCUGUUCAUUUACCAAUAAAAUCAUUGCACUCACCUGGCACCAAUGUACCUAAGAUCCAAUCUUUGCCGUCUCCGACGGUUCCUCAAACUGCAACUGUUCAAACUAAAAUCUCGGUCACGCCGCCAAAUGUUGUUCAAACUAAACAGCAGCCGACCACAAUAACAAACUUGCAGCCGGCCAUGCAUCAGAAAUUACAAGUUUCUACGCAACAAAUUUUGAGUACAUCUGGUAUCAAAACGAUCACUACAACAUCCGUGCCAAAUGUGCAAAGGAUACAAGUGAAGUCCCAAGGUAUCGGUGGAAAAUCACAAACUGUUAAUUUACAGAAGGUCAAAACAAUUACCAAUGUAAACAAUCAAACCGGGCAGCGAGGAGGCAACUUACCGAGAAUACAAACUGUACCCAAGUCCCAAGUAAUCACCACUCCCACAACUCAAACCGUGCAAGUUUCAAUGAGCCAAGUAAUGAACAGUGCAAAUAUGCAAAGAAUACAGCAGGUUAAUUCUUCCAAUGUACAACAACAACAACAACAACAACAACAACAACAACAACAACAACAACAACACGUGCAAAAAGUUAAUCAACCAUUGAACGUUGGCAAUGUGCAAAAGGUGACGCAAGUAUUUAACAAUCAGAAAGUUCAAACUCAAGUGAUAACCAAUACGGCAGGCCAUGGUGUUCAAAAAGUACAACAUUCCGGACUGCAACAAGUACAACAUAUGCCACAAAAAAGGGCUCAGAGAGCCACUCAUAAAGGACUCGGUGUACAAAAGCAGCAGCAACCUGCUACAAUGAAUAAUUUUUCAAAAACUGUCAACUCUGUAGCUGGUAUACAGAAGAUACAAACGAAUGCCCAACAGCAGCAGAAAAAUAAUAUGCAAACAACACAACAGCAGAGGCCACAGACCAUGGAGGUUCUUCAAAAAUCUCAAACACUUGCGACGGUAAAUUCGAACAAAACGCAAUCUGUACCUAAUAUCACAAAAAGUAACAGCGUUCCAAAUAUUUCUAAGCUGCAGCACAAUCAAAAUUUACGUAAUGUCGCCAAGCAGCAAAUUGCUAGCCAACAACAUCAACAGCAGCAGCAGCAGCAGCAACAACAACAAAAAGUUCAUACUCCUCAACUAUCUCAGCUACAGCAACAACUGAUGCAUCAAACCUCGCAAUCACAGCAACAGCAGCAUCAAACCUCGCAACCACUACAACAGCAGCAACAACAGCAGCAUAUUGUACAAAAGCAACAGCAACAAAUAAAUGUUGUUUCCCAAACACAAAAGUGUCAAUCUGGUACUGGAGUACAACAAAAAGUGGCCACUAUUACGUCUGUUCCAAACAAUCAGAGGGUACAGGCAACUACCAAUUCAAAAGCCCAACAGCAGCAACAACAACAACAAACUCAAAUGGUGCUAAGGGUUGGUCCACAGAAAAAUCAAUCUCAGAACAUGCAGCCAGGAAAAUUGAAGCCUGUUUCUCAGAAAAUGAUCAACAACGUCAAGCCUUUGAACCAGCAAAAUGUUGUACAGCAAUCGAAUCGUACAGUAAACUCCCAGCCAGUGAAAAUAAUUCAACAGCAGCAACAAAAUAUCAUUGGCCCUCAAAAUACCCAGAAACAGCCGGGGUGCAUUAAAACUAUACCGCCUCAAAAGCCUGCGCAAAGAAAUCAUGUGCAAAAGAUGUCCGGUAUCAAGACAUCUUUGAAUACUAAUUUAAGCUCUUUGAAAGGACAGGGAACACUAUCAUCAAUUGCACAGCAGAAAACUUGUAUUAAAACCUUACUUCCUCAACAACCUGGCGGGCCAAAUGUGUCAUCCCAUAAAAAUCAACCUGUCAAGAUUCAACAGCAAACAAUACAGCAAAAACAACUUGUCAUUACUGCUCAACAUCCACAGCAGACGAGAGCCCAGACUGGUCAAAUUAAAACACUCCUACCAGUCGCGAGCGUAGACACUCGCAGAGAGAGUGAAAACAAAAAUGAGACUGAAGCUUACUCAGCAAAAGAUGACAGCACACAACCGGAUCCUCAAUCUCCAGUACGAAGAAUGCCACUUCCAUACGAGUGUCUCCAGUUUGUCCUACAAGACCACAACUACGGCGCACCUCCACCGAGAACACCUCCCCCAGCAUCGCCUCCACCACAUCCUAAACAACAGCCCAUCAAUGGUGGAACAAGUUCUGCUACAGCGUCUCAGCAUCCUUUCAUUUAUGGACAACCAGUGAGCAGUAAGAAUGUUGAAGACGAUGCAGGUAGUGCGAUAAGCAGUGAGGCUGGACGAGAGGCAGAACCAGAAGGUGAAGAAACUGAGACAGCACCAGAAGGCGAGGGAGAUGACGAAGAUAGUGUGACAAGAUGCAUUUGUGAUUUCGAACAUGAUGAUGGAUACAUGAUCUGCUGUGAUCGUUGCUUAGUUUGGCAACACGUUGAUUGCAUGGGCAUAGAUCGAUCUAACAUACCUGAUGAAUAUCUAUGCGAAAUGUGUCGGCCACGCCGUGUCGAUAGACAGAGAGCACGCGCGCUGCAACUUCGAAAGCGUGAGGAGCUUCUGAAUUCAGACACAUCUUCCGAUUCGUCGUCUACCAGCUCAGCUGAUACUGACGUUGGCGUAAAUCCAGUACAGAAGAAGCGGGCUCCUCAGCAGCAACAGCAGCAACAACAACAUCAGCAAGCCCAGCAGCAGCAGCAGCAACAACAACAGCAACAAGUCCAGCAACCUCAGCAACCGCAGCCGCAACCUCAGCAGCAGCAACAACAACAACCACCACAGCAACCGACUUUGAGAAGAAAAUCUGAUCCUCCGCCACAAGUCAGACGAUUGAGUACUAACAACAAUAAUAAUAAUGUUGCAAAGCGACAAAGAAGAGAUCCUCAUCCAAGGCAGAGUAGCGCAGUGCGUAAAAAGGAAACUGUCAAACGCGGCCUCGGCAAAAGAAAGACUAAGAGGCGAAUGAGCCUAGAGGAUAGAGAGGAGGAUACACAAGAUGCAUGGGGAACUAACAUGGCUCCUUUGAGACAGUGGAUAGAGCGGUAUGAAGAGGCAGUAACCAAUCAUUACAGUCCUGAACUUCGGGCUAGGAUAUCCAGCAUCAAAGUCAAUGGAGCUCAUGGUGAUUUGAGGCAGAGCAAUAUGAAUGCUGCUGCGACUGGAAAGUGUAGGCUUAACGUGCAUAGUAAUAACCUGAGAUUCCUGGUUGCCACUAUGUAUUUGCCACCGAACACUCCAGUCGUUGAACUUCGUGGGAAAUACAUGCUGAGUACCCAGCACAGGCCUUCGCAUCCGCAAGGUCGACAACACGCACAGAGACCAGGACCUUUUGUGUUUUUUUACCGAUUGCCACGCGACGGGACAGAAGUUUGUGUUGAUACAAGAACUUAUGGUAACGACGCGAGGUUCGUUCGUAGAAGUUGUAAACCGAACGCCGAGGUGAAACAUUGCAUAGAAAAAGGAACAUUGCAUUUGUACAUUGUCACAACAACAAAUAUCGAAAAAAAUGCUGAAAUCACAAUCAAGCAUGAGCAGCACGAUAUAAUGCUCUCUCCGAAUUCAAAUUUACCUAUUGCACCACUUAUUUGUGCUUGCAACAAUACGCGAGAAUGUCAAGUCGCAACUAUGGGACAACCAAGUAGACGAGGAAGCAAUGGAGCUCUUGCAGAAAAUGCCGAUGGUAGAGAAAGAAGACGGCGAGGCAGAAGAAACACAAUGUGUGAAGAUAGUGAUUCCUUGUCUGCAGUUUCUAGUACAAGUGUUACUCAGACAACCCCAACACCUGCGCCAGUACCAACCACGGCUCCUCCUCGAAGAACUAUCACAAAUGUUAAUGUAAGUGCAACAGUGACACGUCAGGUAGCUAAAGAAGAACUGCCAAUCACAGUGCAGCAGCCUCUUACUUCGCCUUCGACUACACCGUCGCAAGCGCCGGAGACAAAUAAGAAGGAUAAAAAGAAAAUGACGAGAGAAGAGCGUAAGAUGGAAGCGAUCAUGAAGGCUUUUGAAAGAUUGGAAAAAGCAGAGCAAAGGAAACAGGAAGUUCAGGCAAGAAAUGCCCAGAGAAAAGAAUCUGGUGGUACGCAUAGUGACAACGAGGAAAGUCAAGUUACUUCCGCUCCUCCGUUGAAACAAAAAUCCCAAAACACGGAAAGGCCUAUUCGACGAAAGAGGAGAAAGGGUCGCGCGCGAACAACCAGUAGUUCUCAUUCGCAGCAAAGCAGAUGCAGGACAAGAUUAAAUUCGGCAGACUCUGAUAUAUCCUCGGGGGAAGAGAGCAAUUCUCUGCAGUCACCACCUCUUCCUAAUCAGAGUUACCCACCAAUACGGGGAAUGCCUUCUUACACUUCUCAUCUUCACACUCCAACGAAAGAUGUGACGGAUUGCGGCAACGUUGGAGCUGUCAGUCAUCAUGGAAUUCCAACAGCUGCUGGCCUGCUACUUGCUUUGGCAAAUUCUAACAUACCAGGGCCGAGUUCUCCACCUCUCCAGCAGCCGGCUCCAAUCAAGAGUCCUACAUGCGAUAGCGGCGCCAGUAGCAGCUCCCAAAGCUCAACUCCAUCUACCCCUUUGUCUUCCGCUUGUUUACUGGUCGCAGCAGCUGUCGGGCCGUUGGCGCCAGGUUUCAAGUUUCCAAAAACUAAGAAAGUCCUGAUGAAUGAGUGGCUGAAAGAAUCUCCAGAUCCGCCUCAAACCCAUAUUCCUCAGAUAUCUCCGAUACCUGCUGUGCCUCCAGCACCAUUAAACAAUCCUGUCAAUCAAUUGAACAAGCCGACCGACUUUUUAUCACCAACCGAUCCAUCGCCUGAAUUUCUCACUCAAAGUUACGCAGCUAAAAGUUUGGCCACUUUGGUCCAGGCCGCGAAUUCUGUUUCCGGAAUUUGCGACUCUCCUCCGCAGCGGAGACAAACUAUACCUGGAAAUUCCUCAUGCUCAGGAUCUACCGGCUCCGCGAAAAAGAGGUGGCUAAGACAAGCUAUUUCUGAAGAAUGCGAUUCUCCUAACAGCAGGCCAGAGAGUCCACCCAACGAAAUAGUUGCAGCACCACCCAAAAAAAGAAGGAUUGCCAGGGAAAGCUUGUCAUCUGACAAUUAUACACCACCUACCACACCAACUCUGCUGACAUCUGAACAACCCACACUUUCUCAGCCAACAUGUCAUAAUGAGGAUGAGUUCGUGGAUAUGCCUCAAUCCCCCAUUAACGAGAGUUCCACACCCAAUUUAGAAUAUGGACAAGACAAUGUGAAGGAUGAAGUUGAUUCAGAAUCUGAAACAGUAGAUGUGAACGAGAUGAAAGAAAAAAUCGAGUUCUCAACUUCUAAAUUUGACAAUCCUCAAUCAGCACUUUGCAUCAAAGAUGAGGAAGAUGACGAACCAAUGCCAAUGGUUAAAAGCGAAUCGAUACUUCCAGUAAAAGCGCUAAGUAACGAGUUCGUAAAAGACGAAAAACCUUUGAAGAAUUCACAGUCCCCUUGUAAGUCUGAACCAGCUGUUAUCAAAAAUGAAAUUUCUGAAGCUCAACUAAUGUCUGUCAAUAAAACUGAACCAACUAAGGUAAAAGACGAGCAAACGGAACAUCAGGGAGAGUCUCAAAACAUCAAAAGAGAACCAAUUUCGUUAAAGAAGGAACCGCAAGUGGUGCUAAUUGAAAAAGGCACUGUGGAAAUUAUCGAUCAAAAUGAACCAGAUACAGAAAUGGAAGACCUAAGUUCACCGAUUGCUGCAAUGGAGUCAGACGCAGUACUAAAACAACGGGCAGCUGAAAUGCGGCUUGAAUUUAGUGGCAGUAUUGCAGAAAUAGUGAAUAUUGCCAGUGAAAAUGAAAAAUCCGACGAUGACAGGAAGUUCGAGAACAAUAGAUCCGAUGAAGUGAAAUCAGACGACAACAUGUCUAUAGACGAGUUCGAUGUCGAGGCGCAAAUGAUGAAAAUUACUGGGGAUGAUGGAAAUGAUUACAAAGAGAAAGUCGACACAAGUUCGGAGAAAGACAAGAGCAUGGACGGCAUCGAAGGGCUAAUGGAAAGUUCGAAAGAGGAUUCCGAAUCUGAAGAUAGAGACAUGGAUGAUCUUAAGGAGGAGAGUAUUUCGUUUAAAGAAUUUCAUAUAAACUCUGAGAUGCGGGCAUUUAAAGAGUUUGAAAAAAAAACCGAGAAGAGAGACUUCAUUGAUUUCGAAAUCAAACAAACUACAAAUCGUGACAAUUUCGAACCUCCGAAGGUAGACAACUUAAUUGAGUCGGUAACUUCGUCGGAAGAAUCUAUACUCGAGUCAACGUCGUCGAACAUUGAUGUGGAAUCAAUCGCAGAUGCUCCGCAGAUUCAAUUUCCCAUUCCACCACUUAGUGAAAGAAUACGUAAAAAACCUGAACAAACACAACCCGCCAAGUUGCAGCUUGAUUUUGAAGCAUCGAUCAUAGAAUCUACUAUCGAGAUUGAAGCAGGUAAUGCUUCGAUAGAAGAUGAACAAAAAUCCAUGCUCUCUUCGGCCCUCAGAGAAUUAUUAGAGGCGAAAAUUGAUGUUGAUUCAGAACCAGUGAAAAUGGAGAUAUCAAACGAAGAAAUGAACGUUAUUUCUAGUGAGGAUCAGAUGGACAGAAUAUCAUGUACCAAUCCUGUUAAAAAUGACGAUGAUAUCGUGAAAUCUGAAAAACAUCCCGCACGAGUUGAAAACGUUUCUGCAAGGGUCGAGGAAAGUGUUUCAAACGAACCCAAACGUCUGAAAGAUCCCAGAACUAUUAUGCCCACGGAUAUGCCAGCCCCACCUGCCUUGAAGCCGGAGAUGCCUGCUCCAGUCAAGCGCAAGGUUAGAACGUUGUCAAUAUCAGAGUAUCGAAAACGUAAGCAACAGUCUACUGGCACACCACCUGAGCCAGAACCAGAGCCAUCAACUGACACAUUGUCAGAACGGGGGGGUGCAAGGGGUAGAUCAGACAGUGCUAGUAGUGGAACUUCUUCGCUAAGCUCUGACGAAGAAGGAAAUUCAAAAGUUCCAUUGGAUCUACCAAGCUUAACAACUCUACCACUGUUCAUCAACGUAGAUAGCGAUGAAAAGAAAGGUGGAGAAGAAGGAGUAAUGGGCUGGUCUGCUGCCCCAACUUUGGUUGAACGCCAGCGAGAGAAUCUUACCGAGAGACUAAAACGCGAGUUUGGACUGUUUCUCAGUGACGAUGAGGAAGAAAGAGCCCGCAAACAAGGUUUGACUGCAGAGGCAAUUCUGAAAGCCCGGAAAUUGUCCCCUUCUGCUCAUACUCCCAUUCCUAUUGCAGCGACUGUGUAUCCAUCUCCGCAAUUACCUCCCCAACCUUAUAUACCUCCUCCUGGCUCGGCCCCGAUCCAUUUUCCUCAGUUUCAAGCUAAACCAGUGCCAGUGCAAUACUCGAAUUUCGCAGUGCCUCAAGCGGUGUCUCAGCCAAUAUAUCCUAGCGCGGCAGCACAACCUUUGCCAAACAAACAACAAACGCAACAAUUUUUAAUACCUCAAGCACCGCCAGGUUCUAAUCCUUACCCACCGCAGUUCGUACCAUCAUCGUCGGCUGUUCCAGCCCAGAGAUUUCCAACUGCGCCGCCACCACCACCACCACCACCACCACCUCCGCUACCGCCGACUGCUCAAUUUUUUCCACCACCAUCCCAGGCUCAGAAAACGUUCUUCAACCAUCCGGCGCCAAGAACAUAACUCACGCUAAGGCUAGUAACGUUGCAAAUUUUUUAGUCAAGUGAAAGAACUUUAAAACUGAAAUAUUUCUUUUGUUGUUGACUAUAUUGAUAUUGUCAAAUUGUGUAUAUGCUGGUCCGGUGAUUAUUAUACACAAGCUUUGCUACUCCUGGACUUCUGAUGAAGCAUGAAAGCUUAGAAAGUGUCUUCUGAGUUUGAGAUACUAAAAAAAAGGCUGUGCGUGACAAAUGUGACGAGCCUUCUUUCAGAAUGUUUUGUAUAUUUUUCUCUAUCUUUUAUUCUUUAAUUUUCUCCUUUUACCCCCUCUGCAUUAUUUGUAUGCUUUCAAACGAUUAUUACGAUAAACAGCAAGGCAUUGGAUGUUGCGAAAAAAAUAUACCGUACUAUCAGCCAGUUAGGUCUUAGUUUGGUUGUACAUAUACAAACAAAUACGAUUGGGGAGUAUUUUUAGUCUGUUGUAUUUAUUUUGACUGUAAGAAAGUGCUGAAACCGGUGUUGCAUUUUGUAGUAAUUAUUCGUCACAUUAGUCUUACAUCUUUCUGAUGAAAUGUUGUGUGACAGAGUUCACCCAGGUUUCGAUUGACCAGUUUGACAAGUUUGAAGCAUAGUGUUCAAACAGGGAAUGAGUGGCUUUGAUAUUUUGUUAUGUUUUCAAGACGUUGGCAAUUUGAACAUUUCAUCACACGUAUUCUCGACCCCUCUUCCCCCUAUUUACUCCAAGAAUAAUCAGUUUAGAAGCGAUACACUUCACAUAAACGAAUCAUCCUAAUGUGUUGAAAUAUAGCAUUAAUCUGUUAUUGAUAAAAACGAUUUCAAUUAACACAAUAUAGGCUGGAGAGAUCAAUCUCAAGAUUUGUUUGAUCAAUUACCGUACGAACUCUGCUUUAUAUUUAUAGAACAGAAGGUAAUACCGUUACUAAAUCGAAGAUUGAUACCUACAUCUUCAAUAUUACAUGUAAUAUGCACAUUAUAUACAUUUGAACCUACAUUGUCCAUCUUGUCUGUACAUAUUAUUUACAUACAUGCAUAAUAUAAUAUAACGAUAUAAAAAUUAUAUAUUUAACUUUAGUUAUUUUAGAUUGAUAUAUAGACUUAUAUCGUAUAGGUAAGUGGGGUGCUGUUACAUAUUAUCAGCAUUAUGCCCAAAAUUCUCUAUAUUUUAUAUUUGAUUGUAAAAUGCCCAAUGAUUAGUUAUAAUAAAUGAAAAAUGCUAAAAUUUAUUUUUGACUUUGGAUUUGAUUUAUUGUAUGAUAUACUCAUACACAGGUUAAAUGGUCGGACUCUCCAGCUAUUCGCGACAGUUAACAUUUAUAAUUCUAUCGUGAAUUUGUACAUUGUGCACCUUUAUUUUUUUUUUUUUUUUUUUGUCGUUGCUGGAAAUGAUCGACCAAUUUCUUACGGCCUGGCUUAGCAUGGUCUAUUAAACUUGAAUCGAAAAAAAAUUGUUUUUCUGAAUUCGUCAACUAUUCGAAGUUUCGAAAAAAUCGCGUUUAUUUUUUGUAUUUCAAAAUGAACUGUUUUUUUUUUUUUUUAGGAUACAGUUUUCCAAUAAAAAUGUUUUAAAUUAUAUGUAUUUUAGUUACAUAGUUGAUAGAGGUACAAAUGUAUAUUUCAGUUACAUGAAAGCAGUGAACACAAAGUGUAAAUGAAAAAAGUAAAAAAAAAAAAGGCGAAGAA